CAUCUGCACAGCCACGAUCAGAGAGAAAGAGACGCCAUGACCACCACCCUCAGGGCCCUGCUCUGCCUCGGGCUGAGUGUGGGCCUCAGGACCCCAGUGCAGGCAGGGCCCCUCCCCAAACCCACCAUCUGGGUUGAGCCAGGCAAUGUGAUCCCCUGGAGGAACCCUGUGACCAUCUGGUGUCAGGGGACCCCAGGGGCCAAUGAGUACCGUCUCGAUAAAGAGAGAAGCCCAGUGCCCUGGGACAGACAGAAGCCACAGGAGCCCGGAGACAAGGCCAAGUUCCUCAUCACACACAUGACAAAUCUACAGGCUGGGAUAUAUCGCUGUUACUAUCACAGCCCCACUGGCUUGUCAGAGCACAGUGACCGCUGGAGCUGGUGGUGA